AGUUACAGUCAAGCGGAGAUGUCGUCUGAACUUCUCUGAGAAAAUGACGCGGAAGAAACGCGGCAAUUGCUGCAAAUUCUUUCCUUGCUGUUCAGAAAAAGGUGAAGCAUUUGAUGGUUUUGCAGAUUUUGAAGAUACUACCCUGGCUCGUGGUAGGGUACUUCUAGAGAGGUAUGAAGAAAGUCAUCCUCCACAUCACUCGUCUGUACCAGACAAUGAAACUGAGAUAGUGGAAAUCAACAUUAUGCAAACAAGCCUGCUGAACCCAUAUGUUACGGCAGAGGAUAUUAUUGAUAUCACACCAGAAACUGAUAGCAGUUCUCCUGUAAAUGCUAGAGAUCAUUCUGAUGAUGCUACUGAUGAUACCAGUGGAAAUGAUGAUGAUGCCAAUAUCAGGAAACACCACAGUGUUCCUGCAGAAUUAGAUAUUGCCAGAGAUGUCAUCAAGACUCCAUAUAAUACCCAGCCGCAGGUGGAUAGUGGGAGAGAGUAUGCGGAUGUUAAGAUCAAGAAGAGGCACAGUGUUCCUGAAGACAUGGCACACAGGGUCUCCAGAGAAGCCAUCAGGACACCUCAUGGAAUUCAGCCAAUACAGAUCAAGAUGAAGGACAAGCACAGUGUUCCUGAAGACAAGGUUGAAAAGACCAUCAGAGAUGUCAUUAAGACCCCACACAGUGCUCGGAAACAGCAUGCCAAGGAUGGACAUGACAACACUGAUGUAAAAGUCAGUACAGAGCACAGCACUGCUAAAGAUGAUGACUUGAAGGCCACCAGAGAUGAUGCCAAGACUCAUGGCAGUGAGCCAGAUGUUGGUAGUUGUAAAAUUGAUGCUGAUACUGAGAUCAUUAAGGAUGUUAAUGCCAAGCAGGCCACCAGGCAUGCUGCCAAGACUUCACGAGGCACAAAAGACAGUGAUCAUAUCAACAAGAGGCACAGCAUUCCUAAAGACAAACACAUCCAAGAUGUUGACAAGAAUCUGCACAGUCCACAUGUUACUCAGAAAACACAAGUCACUUGUGAAAGUGAUGACGAUAGUGUCCAGAUCAAGGUGAAAUGCAACAUACCAGAAGAUGUCGGUAACAAGCAGCUACAUGUCAGUCAUCCUGUACAAGUCCGCAGUGAUGAUACUGAUGCCAAAAUCAAGAAAAUGCAGAGCAUGCCUGAAGACAAGGCUGACGCUUCUCCAGAUGCUACCAAGGAGCCAUAUGAAUUAAAGCAAUCAAAGGCCAACAGCGGCAUUGAUGGUGCUGAUAUGAAGAUUGAAAAGCAGCACACCAUUCAUGGAGAUAAAUUGAAGGUCAGCAGGUGUGAUACCACAGCCUCAGAUGACUUUCAGUCUGUACACGUUCAUUCUGAAAGUGAUGACCACAAAGACCAGAAACACAGUGGUUCAUCCCAAACUGCAAGAGACACCACCCAGCUUCACCCUGCAAGUGAGGAUGUUCAGAUGAUGAAACAGGACACUCAGAUGGUACUUCCUACAGAAAACAAGAAGGGCAUCCUUGAUAUUGAAAUUGAGAUGGGGAAACAUGAAUGUUUUGCUACAGGGGAAAGAGCAAUGGUUGCGACAAAUGGAGCUCACACCAGCCAACACAUCAAUCAGCAUUUUGAAACAGUAGCUGAAAAACUGACCAUGAAGAAUGAAGAUGCUGCUGUCUAUGAUGUUGAUGCAGCAGAGGCUACAGCUGCCAUGGAUGAGCAACUGUCAUUCCCAGUGGACUCUGUAAGAGAAAUUCAUGAAGCUGAAUGUGACCAUUUUGUAUUGAAAGCUGAGAGAGGAUCACCCAAGGUGAAAGAAGAUAAACUGAGAUUUAUGAAAAAAACUAUCAACAGUGAAGAGGUUGAUGUAUCAGACAGUCUUCGUUUGAAGUCCACAGAAGAAGAAGUACAUUUCUUAACAAUUGACUCAGAAGAUGAGCUUAAACGCAUGGUACAGAAACAGGAGAGCAAGAUUCCAGUGCGGGUCAAAGUACAGGAUAAAUCAGGUGUUUCAACAGAUCAUUCAAGCACAUCUACCAACAAGCAUUUUGCUCCUCCAAGUACAUAUUCCACCGAGCGCUCUUCUCUUCCAAUCAAAUCUGCCACCAAGCACUCAUCCUCAAGCACAGCUACCACCAAAUGCUCUUCUUCUCCAAGCACAGCUACCACCAAGUGCUCUUCUCUUCCAAGCACAGCUACCGCCAAGCGCUCUUCUCCUCCAAGCACAGCUACCACCAAGCGUUCUUCUCCUCCAAGCACAGCUACCUCCAAGCGCUCUUCUCCUCCAAGCACAGCUACCACCAAGCGCUCUUCUUCUCCAAGCACAGCUACCACCAAGCGCUCUUCUCCUCCAAGCACAGCUACCACCAAGCGCUCUUCUCCUCCAAGCACAGCUACCUCCAAGUGCUCUUCUCCUCCAAGCACAGCUACCACCAAGUGCUCUUCUCCUCCAAGCACAGAUACCACCAAGCGCUCUUCUCCUCCAAGCACAGCUACCACCAAGCGCUCUUCUCCUCCAAGCACAGCUACCUCCAAGCGCUCUUCUCCCCCAAGCACAGCUACCACCAAGCGCUCAUCUUCUCCAAGCACAGCUACCACCAAGCGCUCUUCUCCUCCAAGCACAGCUACCACCAAGCGCUCAUCUUCUCCAAGCACAGCUACCACCAAGCGCUCUUCUCCUCCAAGCACAGCUACCACCAAGCGCUCAUCUUCUCCAAGCACAGCUACCACUGAACUCUCUUCAUCUCCAAGCACAGCUACCACCAAGCGUUCUUCUCCUCCAAGCACAGCUACCUCCAAGCGCUCUUCUCCCCCAAGCACAGCUACCACCAAGCGCUCAUCUUCUCCAAGCACAGCGACCACCAAGCGCUCUUCUCCUCCAAGCACAGCUACCACCAAGCGCUCAUCUUCUCCAAGCACAGCUACCACCAAGCGCUCUUCUCCUCCAAGCACAGCUACCACCAAGCGCUCAUCUUCUCCAAGCACAGCUACCACUGAACUCUCUUCAUCUCCAAGCACAGCUACCACCAAGCGCUCUUCUCCUCCAAGCACAGCUAUCUCCACGCGCUCUUCUCCUCCUAGCACAGCUACCACCAAGCGCUCUUCUCCACCGAGCACAGCUACCUCCAAGUGCUCUUCUCCUCCAAGCACAGCUACCACCAAGUGCUCUCCUCCUCCAAGCACAGCUACCUCCAAGCGCUCUUCUCCUCCAAGCACAGCUACCACCAAGCGCUCUUCUCCUCCGAGCACAGCUGCCUCCAAGUGCUCUUCUCCUCCAAGCACAGCUACCACCAAGCGCUCUUCUCCUCCAAGCACAGUGACCUCCAAGCGCUCUUCUCCUCCAAGCACAGCUACCUCCAAGUGCUCUUCUCCUCCAAGCACAGCUACCACCAAGCGCUCUUCUCCUCCAAGCACAGCUACCUCCAAGUGCUCUUCUCCUCCAAGCACAGCUACCACCAAGCGCUCAUCUUCUCCAAGCACAGCUACCACCAAGCGCUCUUCUCCUCCAAGCACAGCUACCACCAAGCGCUCAUCUUCUCCAAGCACAGCUACCACUGAACUCUCUUCAUCUCCAAGCACAGCUACCACCAAGCGUUCUUCUCCUCCAAGCACAGCUACCUCCAAGCGCUCUUCUCCUCCAAGCACAGCUACCUCCAAGUGCUCUUCUCCUCCAAGCACAGCUACUACCAAGCACUCUGCUCCUCCAAGCACAGCUACUACCAAGCACUCUGCUCCUCCAAGCACAGCCAUCACCAAGCACCCUGCUCCUCCACCAACUCCUCCCUCUGGCCCACCCAGGAAGGCCAGAGUUAGUAGAGCAUCCAAAGCAAGAUUGCCAGAUGACCAUUUCAAAUUCAUGAAGAAAGAUGAAACGUUGCCAAGUCCUCCUGCUUCAGAUGAGAAUGCUGCAGCUCAGAAGCGGGAAUCAUCAGGCAGUGAUACAGACCCUGACUUCUACAAGCUGAUUGGGUUUGACUUAGACAAGGCUAGAGCACUCAAACACUCAGCUGACAGUAAUCCACUGAGGUUGGUAUCAACAAGAUCUGAAAUAUUAAGUGUGUUCCUAGACAGCUCAGAUUCCUCCCUUAGAGCUACGAUGUCAGGGAGUUCAACCGACCCUGAGCUUUACAAGCUGAUUGAUUUUAACAAACAGAGUGAUAUCUCUGAUGAAGAAAUUAACAAGAGACCAUCCUGCGGAAUGGACAUGAUGGCCAGCAGCUUUGUAGACACUGCCUCAGUACCUAGCCCAAGCUUGAUGGAAUCACAACAGCCUCCAGUGAAGAUGAUUGCAGCUUCCUAUGAUCAAAAAAAAACAUCAAUCAAGAGAAGUAAAUACAACUCUAAGGCUUCAUCUGGGAAGAGCAGCUCCAAUACUGAUGACAGCAUGUCAUCUGGAAGUGGAUCGAGCAAAGCAAAACUGGGACGUACUUUCAAUAAGAAAGAUAUUGGAUUAGGAAAGGUGCCUAGCCUGAGUAAGAGGAGGGAUAUCUCAGAUUCUAAGCUGCCCAUUCCAUUAGGUGCUUAUCCAGUUGUGUUGCGUCCUAUUGGUUCAAGUUCUGCAACACCUACAGAUCUCCAUACAUUAAAAGAUCAUAGAAAGGACAAUUUAUCACAAACCAGUGCCGAUUAUAAAGUAGCUCGCCGCCUGGAUUUCACUCCACCUAUUGAGUCAAGUUCAGAUCACAGUUCUCCAUCGGAAGAACCUGACAAGUCACAACACAGGAAAGUUCCAAGGAAAAGAGCACCUACAGCUAUCUUCUCUGAGUCACCAUCUUCUAGUGACAGCUAUGAGCAGCAGAUUGAGAUUCUUGAAGAACCGACCACAGCUUUAUCACGUCCACCAUCAGCAACAAUGCUUCCUUUAUCAUCAGCACUUCGUCCAUCUGGAGUCGUAUCAGUCCUUGGGUAUGAGAAAGAGUUUAAUGUGAGAGAGAGAGAAGCAGAAACAUCUACAUCCAGCCUACCAGCACCACUUCCUGCCCCAGACCUCCUGGCACCAUGUCCAUUCAUGAGGAGAACUGGGCAGCCUCUUCCUCCAGUCACGGGUAAGUCAUCUUCUUCAUGCGAGGAACCACAGGUCACACCGGAAUCUCCAACACCUAAGCAAGUAAAGAUCAAACAGGAUUCUGUUGCCCUCAAGAGCUCAAAGGUUAGACAAGUUCGAAAACCUACCAAGGACAUCUGGUUCAAACAGGAUGAAGCAGCCACAAAGGAUAUGCAGUUCACACCAGAUCAAACAUCUACCAAGGUAGCUCGGUUCAAACUUGAUCCCACAACCUCAAAGGAAGUACCAAGAGUCAGAAAUGAUUCCACUUCCAACAAAGAAGAACGGUUCAGUCUGGAUCCUUCAACCAACAGGCCUAGACAGGAAGAAGCUUGUGUCAGUGAACCAGUGGUUUGGAAGGACACCUCAUCAGAUAAGAGUCAUCACACCAGAGAGUCAAGGUUCAGAAAAGAAAGGUUUGACCCUCCCUUGACAGACCCUUCCAAUGGCGAAGAGAUUAGGUUCAGACAGGAUGCUCCAGCCAAGGACACAAGGCUAAGACUGGACCCUUCCAGUGCCAAGGAGAUGAUGUUCAGACAGGAUCCUCCAGCCAAGGACUCAGGGCUAAGACUGGACCCUUCCAAUACAAAAGAGAUGAGGUCCAGACAGGAUCCUCCAGCCAAGGACUCAGUGCUAAGACUGGACCCUUCCAAUGCCAAGGAGAUGAGGUUCAGACAGGAUCCUCCAGCCAAGGACUCAGGGCUAAGACUGGACCCUUCCAAAGCCCAGGAGACAAGAUUCAGACAGGAUCCUCCAGCAAAGGACACAGGGCUAAGACUGGACCCUUCCAAUGCCAAGGAGAUGAGGUUCAGACAGGAUCCUCCAGCCAAGGACUCAGGGCUAAGACUGGACCCUUCUAAAGCCCAGGAGAAAAGGUUCAGACAGGAUCCUUCAGCCAAGGACACAGGGCUAAGACUGGACCCUUCCAGUGCCAAAGAGACAAGGUUCAGACAGGAUCCUCCAGCCAAGGACACAGGGCUAAGACUGGACCCUUCCAAUGCCAAGGAGAUGAGGUUCAGACAAGAUUCUCCAGUCAAGGACUCGGGGCUAAGACUGGACCCUUCCAAUGCCAAAGAGACAAGGUUCAGACAAGAUCCUCCAGCCAAGGACUCAGGGCUAAGACUGGACCCUUCCAAUGCAAAAGAGAUGAGGUCCAGACAGGAUCCUCCAGCCAAGGACUCAGGGCUAAGACUGGACCCUUCUAAUGCUAAAGAGACAAGGUUCAGACAGGAUCCUCCAGCCAAGGACUCAGUGCUAAGACUGGACCCUUCCAAUGCCAAAGAGACAAGGUUCAGACAAGAUCCUCCAGCCAAGGACUCAGGGCUAAGACUGGACCCUUCCAAUGCAAAAGAGAUGAGGUCCAGACAGUAUCCUCCAGCCAAGGACUCAGGGCUAAGACUGGACCCUUCUAAUGCUAAAGAGACAAGGUUCAGACAGGAUCCUCCAGCCAAGGACUCAGUGCUAAGACUGGACCCUUCCAAAGCCCAGGAGACAAGGUUCAGACAGGAUCCUCCAGCAAAGGACUCAGGGCUAAGACUGGACCCUCCCAGUGCCAAAGAGACAAGGUUCAGACAGUAUCCUCCAGCCAAGGACUCAGGGCUAAGACUGGACCCUUCCAAUGCCAAAGAGACAAGGUUCAGACAGGAUCCUCCAGCCAAGGACUCAGGGCUAAGACUGGACCCUUCCAAUGCUAAAGAGACAAGGUUCAGACAGUAUCCUCCAGCCAAGGACUCAGGGAUAAGACUGGACCCUUCCAAUGCAAAAGAGAUGAGGUCCAGACAGGAUCCUCCAGCCAAGGACACAGGGCUAAGACUGGACCCUUCCAAUGCCAAGGAGACAAGGUUCAGACAGUAUCCUCCAGCCAAGGACUCAGGGCUAAGACUGGACCCUUCCAAAGCCCAGGAGAAAAGGUUCAGACAGGAUCCUCCAGCCAAGGACACAGGGCUAAGACUGGACCCUUCCAAUGCAAAAGAGACAAGGUUCAGACAGGAUCCUCCAGCCAAGGACUCAGGGCUAAGACUGGACCCUUCCAAUGCAAAAGAGAUGAGGUCCAGACAGGAUCCUCCAGUCAAGGACUCAGGGCUAAGACUGGACCGUUCCAGUGCCAAAGAGACAAGGUUCAGACAGGAUCCUCCAGCCAAGGACUCAGGGCUAAGACUGGACCCUUCUAAUGCUAAAGAGACAAGGUUCAGACAGGAUCCUCCAGCCAAGGACUCAGGGCUGAGACUGGACCCUUCCAAAGCCCAGGAGACAAGGUUCAGACAGGAUCCUCCAGCCAAGGACACAGGGCUAAGACUGGACCCUUCCAAUGCCAAGGAGAUGAGGUUCAGACAGGAUCCUCCAGCCAAGGACUCAGGGAUAAGACUGGACCCUUCCAAUGCAAAAGAGAUGAGGUCCAGACAGGAUCCUCCAGCCAAGGACUCAGGGCUAAGACUGGACCCUUCCAAUGCUAAAGAGACAAGGUUCAGACAGGAUCCUCCAGCCAAGGACUCAGGGCUAAGAAUGGACCCUUCCAAUGCAAAAGAGAUGAGGUCCAGACAGGAUCCUCCAGUCAAGGACUCAGGGCUAAGACUGGACCCUUCCAAAGCCCAGGAGACAAGGUUCAGACAGGAUCCUCCAGCCAAGGACACAGGGCUAAGACUGGACCCUUCCAAUGCCAAGGAGAUGAGGUUCAGACAAGAUUCUCCAGCCAAGGACUCCGGGCUAAGACUGGACCCUUCCAGUGCCAAAGAGACAAGGUUCAGACAAGAUCCUCCAGCUACAAGCUCAAACUUCAGACAGGAUCCUUCUGUUUCAAAGCAUGUGCAAGUAAGAGGGGAUAUUCCUGCUUCCCAGCUCAGACAAGACACUACCACAACAAACACUCACGCUCCAUCGCUGAGACAGGCACAGGCAGAACCACAAAGUGCUGACACGUCUAGUCAGUUGGGAGCCAAUAGUAGUGAAGUCAGGCUCACAAGAAGGUCAAGAGUAGAGAAACCCAAACCAUACCUUCCCCCACCCAAAUCCUCCCGGUCAAAGUCAGGCAAUCUCCCCAAUGUCAGUAAACAGUAAUGGGUUGUUUAAACUUCUUCCUCCAUGCCUCCUGCCACCAUAUAGAUUAGGGACUUACACUUCUGGUUAUAGCCAUGUCACCAAGGACAGAAACCUUGACCAUGGUUAGUGGUGAGUUGGUUGUCAUUACCGAUGCAGGCCAACAAUGUGUAAUUUAUACCUUGGCUCCUUUUUGUGGUAGAAUUUGGUAACAAGAUAUAAAUAUGUUUUCAAAAUUUCCCAAGGUUAUUUACAUCCUAUGUCGCCAUUUAGUCAAAAUAUUGUUGUUGCGACUUGCGUUUGGAUUAACAUACCUAAUUAAGUGAGUGAACCCACAGACCAAUAAACCUUAUUGUUCCAGAGCCUCUUCCACACCUAAACACAAAAGAUCCAGAUAAGUUCUUUUUAACUUCCUUUGAAUACCAUUCAUUUCUCAGAUAGGUUGAUGUGUAGAUUGAAGGUUAUAGAAGGUUUUUAACAUUUAUGCGUCUUUCAAAGAAGCUGGCAAAUUUGGAAUUAAGUAGUCAGUAUGACAGAGUGCAAUUGGUAUCUUACGAUGCAUAAUGAGGCAUCAUGCCCCACAACUGCUGAUCAAUCUCUUCGCACUAUUGGCCAUUUUGAGGAUCAUUCACAUCUUGGGCUACCUUGCUUAUGCGAAAAAGGUCAUUGCUUAUUUUAUUAGACCAGAAGAAAUUUUACCUGACUCAGGUAUACUUGGUAUACGUGGCUAGGGUCAUCGAGUGAUAUAUACAGACUGGGCCUAUUAUGAAUUUCUCUUGGCAAACCUUUCACUUCCAUGUACCAUUGCUGAAUUUGGUACCUUUCUCUAAAAGCCACUCUAGCCGAGAUACUGUUGCUGGAUUGUAAAGCCCUUUCCAAUCUCAUGCUUGUUUAGUUCAUGACAGCCUACAUGGACCAGAGGAUUUAUCCUUUGCCAUGAUGCAUUUUGGUCCCUCCAGUGGGGAUUCCAGGACAGAUUUGGAUUCCAACAUGUGAGAUUAACCGAGAUUUCAUGAGAGCUUACAUAAUAUAUUACAAACAGAAA